AAAAGAUUAUCAUUACAAAUCAGCGGUCGCAAAUACUUUGUAGUACAUAUAACCUGAAGCCGUUACCAGCCAUCGAGCGCUGGACAUCAUUUUGUUAUCGUUUGACACAUCUGCUGGCCAAGGGGUAGACCGCCAUUGCAUUCUUUAGCGCCUCGAUCCCUUUAUUUUUCUUAUUUGAGAGCUCCUUGGGGUUUCUUUUCUCAGUCCCGUGACGAUGACGAUGAUGGCGGGACAUCCAGAUCUCCCCUCCAACGGCCAGAACGGCGACUCGAACACACAUCAGCAGCGCCAAUUUGCGACUCUGGCCGUCCAUGCUGGAGCUCCUCACGAUCCCACCACUGGAGCUGUUAUCGCACCGAUAUCCCUGUCUACAACGUUCGCACAGGAAAGUGUUGGUAAGCCGGUAGGGCUGUACGAAUACACUCGAAGCUCGAAUCCCAAUCGAGACAAUUUUGAAGAGGCGGUUGCUUCGCUCGAGCACGCGAAAUAUGCACUAGCAUUCUCCUCCGGAUCUGCGACGACGGCAACCAUUCUCCACUCGUUAGCUCCUGGCUCGCAUGUCGUUUCCGUCUCAGAUGUAUAUGGAGGAACACACAGAUAUUUCACCAAGGUUGCCGCGGCACAUGGCGUCAAUGUGUCAUUCUCCUCGUGCUUGGAAUUGGACGUGGAGAAGCUGAUCCGGCCAAACGAGACUAAACUUGUCUGGAUUGAGACUCCUUCGAACCCUACCCUAGCGCUGGUUGAUAUCCGCAAAGUUGCCGCGGUUGCGCAUCGCCAUGGCGUUCUGGUUGUGGUCGAUAAUACCUUCAUGAGCCCUUACGUUCAGAAUCCAUUGGAUCACGGUGCUGAUGUGGUGAUUCACUCCGUUACGAAGUACAUUAACGGCCAUUCCGAUGUUCUGAUGGGUGUUGCAGCCUUCAAUUCGGACGAAUUGAAAGAGCGCUUUACGUUCCUCCAGAAUGCCAUUGGGGCUGUACCAUCUCCAUUCGAUUGCUGGCUGGCUCACCGUGGUCUCAAAACACUGCAUUUGCGUGCGCGAGAAGCCACAGCCAACGCCACGGCUGUUGCUCUAGCACUCGAAUCUUCACCUCACGUCAUAUCUGUGAAUUACCCUGGACUCAACUCUCAUCCGAACCGUGAAAUCGCCGUCAAGCAGCAUCGCAAGGGCAUGGGAGGCGGCAUGCUGAGUUUCCGGAUCAAGGGAGGUCACAAGGCCGCCCAUCUGUUCUGUGAAUAUACCAAGAUCUUCACACUUGCAGAGAGCUUAGGUGGUGUAGAGAGUCUCUGCGAAGUUCCUUCAAGCAUGACCCAUGCUGGAAUUCCCAAAGAAGAGCGAGAAGCUGCUGGUGUUUACGAUGACUUGGUCCGCAUGAGCUGCGGAAUUGAAGAUGUUGAGGACCUGACGGCUGAUACAAUGCAGGCACUUGAGAGGGCUGUGGCUGCAAGCCAGGCGCUGGAGAACGGAAGUGCUUGAUUUCGACCAAGUAAACUUGACGACGGUAGAGCAAUAGAGCCUUUUCUGAUAGAAUAACUCAUGUCGUUUACGAAGUCAAACUCAACGGGACAGAAAAUGUAACAGCACUUUGGCAUGGAUUUGACUGAACAUUUUCAACCACAUGAUAGAAUCCCUGAGUUUUGUUAGUAGUGCUUCUAUGGAAGCUCAAUUCAUCCUUAUGAUU